ACUGUACCCAAAUAUCCCCAAAACCAAAAAAUCAUUCUCCUCUUCCAUCUUUCUCCGUAUCGCGAAAGCCUCUGUAGAAACACUCAAAUCGAUUCACGACGAGGUAUUAGCGGUGUAAAUCGCCGUCUGAAAUUCCUUAUUGAAGGGAACGAGCAGGGGGAAGAAGAUUGAUUAGGCAAUUAGUGUAUAGCCGACACAAUGGUGAAGACUACGAAGGGAGGCAAAACCAUGAACCCUACCGAUGCUUACCGCAAGGAGCUGCGCAAGAAGGAAUUGAAGCGGAACAAAAAGGAGCGGAAGAAGGUGAGGGAAGUUGGAAUCUUGAAAAAGGAUCCUGAGACAUUGAGGGAGCAGAUUCAGAAGCUGGAAGCAAUGAAGGCAGAUGGUGCUUUGGACAAAGCUAGAAAACACAAAAAGAGACAACUUGAAGAUACACUCAAUCUGGUGCUCAAGAAAAGGAAGGAAUAUGAAGAAAAAAUGAAGGAAAAAGGCGAAGCACCAGUUAUGUUCAGUCACUUGGGACCUGUUCGAAGGCGGGCUACUGCGGAAGAGGAAGAAAGAGUCAAGCAUCCCAGACCUGAAGACUCAGUCUAUUAUCACCCAACUCUGAAUCCUUCUGGAGCUCCUCCACCUGGAAAACCUCCUAUGUUUAAAUCAUCAAUAGGACCUAGGAUACCCUUACCAGAAUCUUCAGCAAGUAAUGUUGCGUCAUCAUCAAAGUCAGAAACAGAGGAUUCUAAUUUAUCUGUACCUCCUUUACCACCUCCACCACCUCCAUUGCCUAGUGCAGGCUCAGAUUCUGGAGAUGGCUCUAUGAUGCCUACAUCUUUGCCUUUGCCGCCUCCACCCCCAAUGCCUCCAAAGCCGGCAAUGACGGACAUUUCGUCAUCAUUGCCUCCACCACCUUUGCCUCCACCACCACCUCCUCCUGGCCCACCGCCUAAAGAGCUGCUUGCUGCCCGUCCACCACUUCCUCCACCCCCACCUAUCCACCAAUCUGCUCAACCACCUCCCCCUGGUACUGUUGGUAUUGAGAAUGCCUCAAAAUCAGAUGAUUCAUCCUCCAGCAACUCAAUCCAGAUGCCAACCGUUCUUCCUCCACCGCCUCCACCAGUAGGGCUGCCUCCGAAGCUGGGUGAUAGUCAACCUGAAGGGUCGUCUUCUGAGUCUGAUACGAAAGGUCAUUUUGAUGCCAAAGAAAUGCUGAAAAUGGCUCCCCCACCACCUCCAUUAAGGCAACAGCCACCAGUGCCUGGAGCUGCCAUGGGCCCAAAUUUACAGCCUGAUGUACUUCCUCCAGGCAUUUCACGCUUUCCACCACCACCGCCUCCCGCUGAUAUGCGCCCACCGCUAUCUGCUCCUGGAAUUGCUGGACAACCUGUUCCUCCUGGAGUCAUGGUCCCACUAUUACCAAGACCACCUUUUGGACCUCCCCCUGGACCCCCACCAAUGAUGAGACCACCGCUUCCGCCUGGUCCACCUCCUAUUCCACAAGAUGACCUCAUUGCUAGACCAUCUGCUCCUCAGAAGCCAUCAUACGUCAAAUCAGCUGCAUCCACUGUUGUAAAGAGGCCUCUGGCACAGCAUACUCCAGAGCUCACAGCCAUGGUUCCUGCAUCUGUACGAGUCAGGAGAGAGUCUGCCCUUCCAAAACCAAAGCCAAAGACGUCGUCCACUGUUUUGCCAUCCAACCGGCCCAUUGUAGCUCCGCCUAUUACAAGGCACGAAUCAACUAGCUUGUCCUCUGCACCUAAACCACAGAGCAUUGACGACUCAUAUAUGGCAUUCUUGGAGGACAUGAAAGCACUUGGUGCUCUUGAUAGCUGAGGGGAAAUAAGAUGAUGGGAUUGCAUGAUGAGAGGAAUGCUGCAUGUACAGGGCUUCUACUAUGGUUCAGGAUGCAUUAACCGUUAUACUAAACUUUUUGCCCUUAUCGUAGCCCUUCAGUUCAUUGUUAGAGACUAGAAAGCAUACUCCGUUUGGAGAGGGCUAACAUUUACGCCCUUAUCACAUUAUCCUCGUCACAGAUCUUAUUCCUUUGCUUACUUGUAGCUGGCACCAUUACUGUUAAGUCAAGACAGAAAAUUGUAUCUUAUGAAGAACCUUGUUUUACCAAUAUCAUGUAUUUAAUCUUU